AAAUUGCUUACAGACGCUAAAAUAAUCUUUAUUAUUGGUAACGUGUGCCUGAAGGUCCGGGCAUGUAUCACUUCCGGUAGAGACAGUGACCUUAUGCCCCUUCUGCGCAUGCUCCUUCCUUUCCUGUAGCGGCUCCUCGAGAACAGGCAGAAGUAGAAAUGGCUCCACGUAAGGGUAAGGAAAAGAAGGAAGAGCAGGUGAUCAGCUUGGGGCCACAAGUGGCUGAAGGUGAAAAUGUGUUUGGAGUUUGCCACAUCUUUGCCUCCUUCAAUGACACCUUUGUCCACGUGACUGACCUGUCUGGCAAAGAAACCAUCUGCCGUGUAACCGGUGGCAUGAAGGUGAAGGCCGACAGAGACGAGUCCUCUCCAUACGCCGCUAUGUUGGCCGCACAAGAUGUUGCCCAGAGGUGCAAGGAGUUGGGUAUCACCGCUCUUCACAUCAAGCUGCGUGCUACUGGUGGAAACAGGACCAAAACACCAGGACCUGGUGCCCAGUCUGCUCUCAGAGCUCUGGCUCGUUCGGGUAUGAAAAUUGGUCGCAUUGAGGAUGUCACCCCCAUCCCUUCAGACAGUACCCGCAGAAAGGGCGGUCGCCGUGGUCGCCGUCUGUAGAUUUCUACCUUUUGUCUUUCGGUUGUUAAUAAAAUUUAUCAGACCAAA